ACUCCCACUCUGCAGGUUGCACGUUCAUCCAGAAAGUCUUUCUGUUUCUUCAACCAUUUUCCCGACGCUGAAAAGUCUGUUCAGGAGUUCCUUCUCCAUCUUCUCCUCUUCUCCCUUCACACCCACCCUCAAGCUCCACUUGGUGCGGUCCCAUGUCGCCCGUGACUAGUGGCAGAGCCGCGUCCUACUCCUAGCCUGGGAGGUGAGGUCCCAGGACUCGCCGGCGUUCCGGGGAGAGACGUGUUCCUACGGAAUUCUUGGGAGCCUGAAAUGUUGCUGGAUCGCGAUCCCAUCAUCUGCGUCUUUCUGGCCUCGGUCGUCGUCUGUGCUAUGGCUCAGCACGCUCCCCCGUGGACAGAAGACUGCAGAAAGUCAACCUAUCCUCCUUCUGGACCAACCUAUAGGGGACCAGUGCCGUGGUACACCAUAAAUCUUGAUUUACCACCCUACAAAAGAUGGCAAGAACUCAUGAUUGACAAGGGAUCAUCGCUAAAAGUAAUAGUGAAAUCCAUGACGGAUAUGGCCAAUGCAUUUGUGCCAAGUGGAAAACUUAUGGAGAUGGUGGAUCACAAAUUGCAUGAUCUUCUUGGCAAACUUCCAGCCCCUUAUGAGGAAGAAAUGAAGGGCAUUGCAGCUGUUACUGACAUACCUUUAGGAGAGAUUAUUUCAUUCAAUAUUUUCUAUGAACUUUUUACCAUUUGUACUUCAGUAAUAGCAGAAGACAAGAAAGGUCACCUACUACAUGGGCGAAAUAUGGAUUUUGGCAUAUUUCUCGGAUGGAAUAUAAACAAUAAUACCUGGAUUGUAACUGAGGAACUAAAACCUUUAACAGUGAAUUUGGACUUCCAAAGAAGCAAUAAAACUGUCUUCAAGGCUUCAAGCUUUGCUGGCUAUGUGGGCAUGUUAACAGGAUUCAAACCAGGACUGUUCAGUCUAACACUAAAUGAACGAUUCAGUCUAAAUGGUGGUUAUAUAGGUGUCUUAGAAUGGAUGUUGGGCAAAAAAGAUGCCAUGUGGAUUGGGUUUAUCACUAGAUUAGUUCUGGAAAAUGGCACAAGUUAUGAAGAAGCCAAGAGUAUAUUGACCAAAACGAAGAUAUUGGCCCCAGCAUACUUUAUCCUGGGAGGCAACAGUUCUGGAGAGGGUUGUGUGAUUACACGAGACAGAAAACAAUCAUUGGAUGUAUAUGAACUUGAAGCUGAUCAGGGUAGGUGGUAUGUGGUACAAACAAAUUAUGACCGUUGGAAAAAUACUCUCUUCCUUGAUGACCGCAGAACCCCUACAAAGAUGUGUUUGAACAGGACAACCCAAGAGAAUAUCUCAUUUGAAACUAUGUAUGAUGUGUUAUCAACAAAACCUGUCCUCAACAAGCUGACUGUAUUCACAACCUUAAUGGAUGUUAAAAAAGGUCGACUUGAAACUUAUCUGCGAGAUUGCCCAGACCCUUGCAUAGGUUGGUGAACACACCGCUGGCCUGCAGAAUGGUCUCUGUAACAUGAAGACGGGAGUGUGUGUGUGGACCACUCAUGUAGCCAUCUGAUUUCCUUCCAAAGACCGAGACACAGGACAGGUCCUCCUUCAGGCAUGAGCUUGUCUUUCUCGGUAUGUUUACAACUCACAGGCUAUUUUUGCCGUAACAUUGACUUCUUAAAAUGAAGUAUAACAGUGAUCUAGAAUUGGCUGCAUUUCUCUUCACUUUGACAUUCUGAGAUAGGGUGGACAAUUCAGGGCCCACAUCCAUGGAAUAAAGCAAUGUUUUCUGUGAACAUUGGAUGAAGUAUGAAACAGUGUUUUCUGUGAACAUUGGAUGAAGCUCUCAUUACUCAAUUUUUCAAUGUUAUCUACAAAUUUUCUGUAUAGCUAACUCCCUACUAAUUCUGAUUCCUAUAAAAUUAGCAUACUGUCUUUUCUGUUUGUGACAGCAAUAUAAUUUCACUAAUUUUGAUUAAAGGGAGAUUCAACUGUUAUUUCUCUUAACGGGCAACACAAGGACCUUUGAUGAUGAAUAGAAGUACUUUUGGGGAAUUCACAAAGUAGUCCAUGUACAAAGCAGUCACUUAUACACAGAAUUGAAAUAUUCUAGAAAAAAAAAAAAAGAAAUAUUCUCUUUUUCAUAAUUACUCUACCUUCCAAUAACCCCUGGAAGUCAUUAACUUCAAAAGCUGAGUCUCAGAUUCUGUGAACUAAGAGUAAGCAAGUCAAAGAUGGAUGGAAAAUGGGAAGUAAGCCAUUAUUUUAAUCUCAAGUAAGUAUUUAUUUAAAUAGAUUCUGUUUAUCCUCUGAUCACAACAUAGUUUUUAAAAAACUUAAAUUCCUCAAAUAUUUCUGAGAAGUCAAUCCUUUUUAUAAGUACAAAUGAAUUUGCUAACUUUUAAAGCGUUCACAAUCAACUAUGAAAUGCAUGCUAAGUCUGGAGCCACUUCAUUUCUAUGUAAUGUCAUUUGCAUUCAUGACAUUCAAUAAAUAGCCAUUGAAAAUA